AUGAUGGGGAUGUCGAAGGCGGUGGAGGGGAGGAGGGCGGCUUGCAGGUGGCUGAGGGAGACGAAGGUGGGAGAUCUGGUGAAGGAGAAGAGGCGGAUGGUGGAGGUGCCCUACACCGCCACCCUCCGGGAUACGCUGAACGCGCUCGUGGCCAACAACGUGGUGGCAGUCCCCGUGGCAGCGCCGCCGGGGCGAUGGAUCGGCGCCGGCGGGACCUCGAUUGUGGAACUUGACAGGGCCACGGGGGCGCCCCGCAAGCACUACAUCGGCAUUGUCACGAUGCUCGACGUGCUCAUCCACAUCGCCGAGGAAGAGGGCGAGGACACCGCCAGCAGCCCGCGGACGGCGGCGGCCGCUGCCAGGGGGUUCGACCUGGAGCAUAGGAUGUCCGUGCCGGUGUCGUCCAUCAUCGGGCACUCCCUGGAGGGGCUCAGCCUCUGGACCUUGAACCCCAACACCAGGUCUCCUCUUCCUCUCCAUGGAAGUUUUCUUUCAGAUUGUCUACUUGCUUGGCUUCAACCUUUUUCUCUCUCUGGUUUACUCAGAAAUUCGUUCCUUAUUUCGAUCAAGUUGCUACAUUCUUUCGCUAGGUUUCCCCAUCUUGUUGAUUGCAGGGAGCGCACGUGUUUCGAUCUUCGAUUCAUUGUCUUCCUCCUUCCUCCCUUAACAUUCACCCAUAAUUGUUUCUUUGAGCUUCUUGUUUUCUUUCCUGAUCUGGAUAAUUCUAUAGCUUUAAUUUUCUUAUGAUCCCGAUUUCUUGAAAUUCCUUCAAAAAUCAUUCCCAUAUCCCUUGUGGUUUUUCCUGUUGACCACCGUGAUUCUGGGGGAUUUUCCUUAUUUACUGGCCGUGUUCUUGGCUGACUCUGAAAUUCUGAAAACGACCUCUCUCUGGGUAGGGGAAAAUCUUUGUUCAGCUGAUGAUCUGUAUGUGAUGGGAAUUUUCAUUCCAUUUAAUCUAAAACCUCGAGUAUAAGUAAGCUUGGUGCUAUUAUAGUCACUCAUCUCUUUGAGUUGCAAAUAUUUCAAAAUUUUGACUGAAAUAUAUCGCAAAUAAUCGUAAAAGUAGCAUAUUGAAAUUGUCCUGUCAUUCAUUUAGGAAUUUCCCGAUGACAGCGUCAUAUUUGUUACGGUUGUUUGAAAUCUUGAGGAUUUAUCAUCUGCUCAUAAUGGAAGAAAAUCCCGAAAGAACAAAAAUGGAAGAAAAAAGGAUGAGAAGUAUUUUUUCAGAAGAGCAUUUGAGCAUUGGAAUGAAUGGCUCCGUGGAAAGGCCCUCACAGAGUAAGCAUUAACUAUUCAAAACGUCUAUAAAUAGACACAAAAUCCAGCAUUCCCCACUGAGAAAGAAUCUGAAAUUCUACGAAAUUACUCAUAAUCAGAGGUUUCUUCUAAGCUUGAACAUUUAUAUGGUAUGUAUUGUCCUUGAUUCCGGGUAUGCCAGUUCAUGAGAUGUUCUUUUUGGUACUCUAUAGACCACCUGCUUGAAAAAAUUUCGUUUGUAUUUAAUCCCAGACAUCAUAUUUUGGAAACCCUCUUCUGGUAUCUUUAUCCUGUUGGACAAGUUAAUUGGUUUGAUUUUCAGAGGUUAUUCUUUUCUCCAUUCAGAGAUUAUCGGUGCAUUUUAUCACCGAGAUCUAAUUAAAUCUAUGAAUACUGUGCCAUAAUGCCGUCAUCAUGCGAAGGUUCCAAUUGGAUAAUGGAAAAUAUGGAAUUAAGGCCACUGUGAGUAUACAGAAUCGAAGUAUUUUUUUCCCGUGGAAUGCAAACUCCGAUCUCCGACAUCGCCAGAGUUCAUACCAAUCUUGUUCUAAGAACUGUUUCCCUCUUUGGUGCUGAAACUCUCUCCGAGAAGACAUGAUGAGCCCACAUUAUUUCUCCCCUCUCGCCAAAUGAGGGCGUUUUUCUGAUGAAGAUCAGUCCUUGGGUUCUCGAAAAUGCCGGGGUUUCUACUUACAUAGUAUGAAUGCUUCACUCACGCCCAAUCCCUGGAGCUUCUUUUGGGAUUCCUAGAAUCUUCCCGAGGUGGAAAUCUCAUCCAAUUUAAUGCAUUGGGUUCCUAUUUGCACCGUUUUCUCCUCCCUGGUCUGUUCCAUUCCAUCCAUCCAUCCAUCCAAGUCAAGUGAAGUAUGGUCCCAACGACUGAACAUAUGCUGGUGCAGAUCUCUAAAGAGUUUUGCCAUUCUUCCAACCAGCUGAUACUCUCGAGACAUACUUAAUCCGAAUGCGUUCCUCUGUUUGAUCGAUGCCCUCCGUCGAAUGCAAGUGCUGGCUGGUUGUUUCCGUUUGAGCGGAAAAAUAUUCCCCAUCGUUCCAAGGGCAGUAAACUCCUGGUAAAAAAAAAAGAAGAAGAAAUGCUUGAUCUCCGUUCUAAGAUCAUCAUCAAUACGUUCCCCGUCGUUCUAAGAUCUUUGUUUUUCAUUCAAUACGUUUUGUUGAAUGCCAGUGGCGAUGCCAUCAUGAUCAUCAUCAUCAUAAAUUUCUAGUUUUUUUUUUGUAUUGAUUGAUUGAUUGAUCGAUCGAUCGAUCGUUCCUCCGAUGUUCUUUGUGUUCUUGGGGGGUGUUGUUCUACAGCCUGAUGGACUGCAUGGAGGCGUUCAGCAAGGGGGUGCACCGGGCAAUGGUGCCGGUGGAGAGCCGGGCGGAGCACGUGGUAGCGGCGGAGCUGGAGGAGGCCUCCCCGGGGUACCGCAUGCUCACCCAGAAGGACCUCCUCGCCUACCUCAGCGCCUCCCGUGACCGCCUUGCCGCCGUCCUCACCCCCUCCGUGGCGGAGAUGGGCGCCCUCAACACCGCCGUCUUCUCCGUCACCGCUGCCGCCCGCGUUAUCGACACCCUCAAGGCCAUGAGAGCCGCUUCCCUCUCCUCCGUCCCCAUCGUCGCUGCCGCUGACGACGACAACAACGCCGGCGGCGACGUCCUCGCCCAGGUGAAUUUUCCUGGUUUCCCUCUCUCUCUAUAUCUAUCUAUAUAUUCUCAGGUGAAUUUUCCUGCUCUCUCUCUCUCUCUAUAUAUAUAUAUAUCUCUCUCUCUGACAGUGACGGGUGGUGGUGUGGGCAGAGGGGAAGGAGGAGGCUGGUGGGGACGUUGUCGGCGACGGACCUGCGGGGGUGCCCGGCGGAGCGGCUGCAGUCGUGGCUAUACCUGACGGUGGUGGAGUUCCUGGAUCGGGCGGCGACGGCGGCGGGUGGUGGCGGUGGCGGAGGGGCAGAGAGGCGGCUGGUGACUUGCCGGAGGGAGAGCAGCCUGGGGAAGGUGAUGGAGGCGGCGGCGGCGGCGAGGGUGCACCGCGUGUGGGCAGUGGACGGGGAGGGCCUCCUGGUGGGGCUCGUCUCCCUCUCCGACAUGCUGAGGGCCGUGAGGGAAUCACUUCUGGCGGCGGAGCAGGAGUUGCCCUGA